AUGCUUGUUUUCGGGCCGGUGCUCAGUGAUCAACUCCUUCGACCUUCGCAUCUCGCGCCCGGACACGCGCCGGGUGGUGCUCGGAAGCAACUCCAUCACCCUGUUCCUCUCUGUCUUCAAAGCAGAGCCACUGAGGAAGCACGGCAGCAACUAAGCACCUCCUCUCCCCCCAUCUCUGCCUCGCCCCUGCCUUACUCUCUGCCUGGCAGAGCCACUGAGGAAGCACGGCAGCAACUAACCACCUCCUCUCCCCCCAUCUCCGCCUCGCCCCUGCCUUACUCUCUGCCUGGCAGAGCCAUUGAGGAAGCACGGCAGCAACUAACCACCUCCUCUCCCCCCAUCUCCGCCUCGCCCCUGCCUUACUCUCUGCCUGGCAGAGCCACUGAGGAAGCACGGAAGCAACUAACCACCUCCUCUCCCCCCAUCUCCGCCUCGCCCCUGCCUUACUCUCUGCCUGGCAGAGCCAUUGAGGAAGCACGGCAGCAACUAACCACCUCCUCUCCCCCCAAUCUGCGUCGCCCCUGCCUUACUCUCUGCCUGGCAGAGCCACUGAGGAAGCACGGCAGCAACUAA